AUGAUUUUACUUGAUGAUGAUCUAGAGAAAUUUCAAAUAGAAAAAAGUGAUAUUCAGAACAUAAAAGAUGGUAGACCAGUUACAGUUCGAUGUGUUGAUAGAGGUACUAAUGAUGCGGAAGUAACAAAGAGAUAUGAAUGUGUUUAUGAUCUUCUUCAUGAUAAACGUAUGAGUUUCUCUGAAACACAAUAUGAAGCUAAUACAAAGUAUGUUCAACAAGCAAAAGAAAGACAUAGGAUAAGUCAGAGGUUUUUAUUGAGUCUUGAAUCAGGAAAUACUAAUUCUGUAAGCACGUUUUUAAUCCAAGAAAAUAAAGGAGUAGAAGGUACAUUAAGUUCACGAACUAUUUGUUUAAUGGAUGCAACAGGAUCAAUGAGUCAUCUAUUACAGAAAUCUAAGAAUACAGUUGGCACAAUGUUUGAACGUGUUUCUCUAAUUUUAAAAGAGAAUAAAAUUGAUGAAGAUUCAUUUGAAGUUCAAUUCGUAGUCUAUCGAAAUUAUAAUAGUCGAGAAGAUAAGAUUCUUCAACAUUCUCCAUGGGAAACCAAACAUGAUAAUUGA